CCGAAUGAGCUGAUAAUUUCUGGUGGUGGUGUAGUAUGUAUGAGUUUGAGGAAGAAGAAUGAGAAGAAAGAGCAGGGGCAAACGUAGGCGUGCGGCAUCUGCAACAACUCUGAGUCCUUCUUCCCUCUCCGCCAUUCCCAUUCUUUGGGAUGCGUAUGAUACCAUCUGCAUUCACUGCAAUAACAAAGGCGAGGAGGCCAAGGAGGAUGGACUUUUGAUUUGCAGCGGAAGGGGCUGCCCCGUCGCUGUCCAUGCCACCUGCCUCGCCACCGGACCUAAAUUUGACGGUUCCGGUAACUUCUGCUGCCCCUACUGCUGGUACAAGCGCGCCGUUGACACGUGUCGACGCCUCAGGGAGAAGGCCCUGGAAGCCAAGGGAGACUUGUCACGCUUUCUGGACAAUCACGACCACGCACGUGCGGCUGCACAUGUGGAUCUGGUUGUUCAGGAUAGUGAAGAACUCAUGGAGGAAACAGGAACACAAGCACAGUCUAAAGAUAAUAAAGAUGAGGAGGGAGAGGCACGUGUGAAUCAGGUUCAUGAUAGGGAAGAAACUGAGACAGAACCAGAAGGGAAUAAAGAAAAGGAGGGAAAGGUUCGGGAUAAUGAAGAACUCGUGGAAGAAAGAGAAAGAAAAACAGUGACAGAAGCACAAUCUCAAGAGAAUAAAGCUGAGGAGGAUAAGUUUCAAGAUGAUAGUGAAGAACUCGUGGUGGAAACAGAAACAGAAACAGAAGUUCAGUGUGAAGAGAAUAAAGAGGAGGGUAAGGUUCGGGAUAGUGAAGAACAUGUGGAGGAAAUGGAAACAGAAACAGGAGCAGAAGCGCAACCUGAAGAGAAGAAAGAUGAGGGUAAGGUUCGGGACAGUGAAAAACUCGUGGAGGAAACGCAAACGGAAACAGAAGGACAAUCUGAAGAGAAGAAAGAUGAGGAGGGAAAGGUGGCUGUGAUGAGUAGUUCUGUGAGUGAGACCUAUGAUUCGGAUUCUGUGGCUGUAUCGAUGAAGAAAAGGAAGGAUAAGAAGAAGAAGGUUACUUCCGCAAGGAAAUCUUUGUCGUUACAACAAGAGCAUAAGAAUAAGCAUUAUAAGACUAGAGGGAAAGUUGCCAACGAGGAGGAAGUUACCAGCUUCAAAACUACGAGUUUGGGGCAGCAACCACAGAGAAUGAAGCAGAGUUCACUGGCUGCAAAGCGUAAGAGAUUACUUUGGACAGCAGAAGAAGAAAAAGUUCUCAAGGAAGGAGUAUCAAAGUUCUCCACAGAAAAUCAGAAUAUCCCUUGGAGGAAAAUUUUGGAAUUUGGCUGUCGUGUAUUUGAUGAGACUCGUACUCCUGUUGAUCUCAAGGAUAAAUGGAAGAACAUUAUCUCCAAGAAAAGUAGAAGUACUGAUUGUAGUUAUACUUUUGAUUUAUAAGAAGUGAUAUUUAGGCAACACCCCCUUACACCACGUUUGUUGACUUUGAUGUCUAUUUCGUCCAAGAGGUCCUCUGCUUCAAACACAGCAUCUUUGACAUCAUCUAGCCAAGCUUUCAGAUAUCGAUUUCUGAUUUUGUUCUGCUUCAUCAACCACAGCAUUGGUGGACACUUGCUUGAUGUUCAACAUCUGCAGCAGCGUCUCGUAGUUUUCUUCCUCGAAAAAAGUCCAGAACAAGAUUUUGUGCAUAUUUUUAGACAAUUUUGUGGAUGGUGUGCAUAUAUUAUGUGUUGACACAUUUAUUUGUUAUUUAAAGGCUUCAAAAAUG